GCUGCCUCUGUCCUUGGCGCUUGCAUCACCCUAGCCAACUCCGCUCUCAUCAUCUGGACCUGUAUCAAUCUCCUCUACCUCAACCCCUCCUCCCUCUCCUCCCCUCCCUCUGCCAACUUCAACCUCCUCCGAAUCCUCUUCACCGUUAUAAUCUCCCUCCUCCUCCUCCUCUACCUCCUCACCCUCACCCUCCUCGCCCUCCGCCCUAUUUCCACCGCCACUUACCAACCCACUAAGGACGAGCUCUCUAAAGCUGCUGUAGUGGCUAAAGCCCAUGACUUAGCAAUAGAUACUUAUGAAAAUGGGAGUUCAGGAGGCGGUAAAGGAGGGGAGAGAGGGGAGAGAGGGGACUUAGAGUCUGGGUUUGGAGCGUAUGGAGUAUGUGGGAAGGGAUCUGAGGAAGGAGCUAAGGCGGCAGAAGAAUCAGCAGAGGCAGCGGCGGCGGCGGCAGAAGCAGCAGCAGAGGCGGCAGAGGCAGCAGCAGCGGCAGCAGCUGCCUCUGCUCUGGCCCGGUCCAAGAUGCCGCAGUCAGCUGCUGCUGCUGCUGCUGCUGCUGCUGCUGCUGGUUCUGAUGUUACUGGUGCUGCUGCAGGUGCUUCGUUCUCUGACUCUCCACCUGCCAAUGUUGCAGUGAGUGCAACAAGUGAGGCAAGCCUACAGCACUGGCUGGCGGAAUCAGGAAGACGGUCUUAGCUAAAGGGGUUCGUUCAGAUGACUUUGGAUGCACCUCCCGGUCAAAAGACUUGCCAUGAGUUGACUCAGAAGUACGCUCCUGCGCCCCUGCCACCAUUCCCGCAACUGAAGCGGAGGGUGCAAGAAGUGAGGCCAGCCUACACGACUGGAUGGCGGAAUCGGGAAGACGGUCUUAGGUCAGGGGAUUCUGAACACGCGUGAGGGCACAGGAAGGCACUUCUCAAUUCUUCUGAGGAAGGAGUCUGUAUAUAGGGGAGAUGGGAGGUGAGGUGAGGUGAGGUGAGGGGAGAUGGGAGGCGAGGUGAGUGCGUAAGAGGGAUGCUGCGGAGGGAAGGGAGAGUCCAAACGUGAGCUCGGGUGGUCUAGAACUCUCUGCAUGGACAAGUCACAAAAUGCACCUCUAGAUCGAGUGAGCGCACGGACUGUGGAGAUAAGGGGUGCAGCUGCUUGCUGCCAGAGGGGUGCUGUGGAG